GAAAUGCAGACAAUCGUUUCUCCCUCUCCCUUCCCUUUCUCUUCUGUGUCUGUCUUUUGGUAAUGAGAGACUGAUUUCAAAUCGCAAUUCUCUCAUAUUAUAAGCUUCAACCACAGAAUUUAGGAAUGGCGAGUCAACUCGUCGACCACGCAGCUCCGAGUUGGGAACGAGUUUGUUGAAGCUGAUCGUUGUUGGCCUCUUUAAUUGUCCGGCACCAGGUUUUAUUGAUCUGGGAUUGUUCUAGUUAUGAUGGGUGAGGAGACAUCUGAUACUAUGAAUCUUGAUUUGAAUCUGGGUCCUGGUCCUGAGACUGGGUCAGGUUCGAUACCGAGUGAGCCAAUAAAUUUGGAGGACUGGAUUGAUGACCCUUUGGAGAGAAUUAGGGAGGCUGUUCGAAUCAGUAGUAGCAGGACCCGACAGCGUUGGAGAUGGCGACCACUCCAAGUUCCUCAUGAAACGCACUCCCUUUCUGUAGAACUGAACCAGUUGAUAGGGAAUUCGGAGAGUGUGACCACUUUACAGGCUGGUGAGGGUAGUGUUGCUGCUGAAGAAAGAACCAAUGAGGUACCGAAAAUGUGUGAAAAUAACAAUGGAUUUUUGGAAGAUGAAGUUUCGGAGAAGACAGGUGAUGUUGAGAAGGAAAGCGGCACUGAUGGGAGCUUCUUUGAUUGUAAUAUUUGUUUGGAUUUGGCUACAGAUCCUGUUGUUACUUGUUGUGGGCACUUGUUUUGCUGGGCAUGCCUGUACAGAUGGUUACAUGUGCAUUCAGAUGCAAAGGAAUGCCCUGUAUGCAAGGGUGAGGUAACCAUAAAAAAUGUUACACCGAUAUAUGGACGUGGAAGUCAUACCCGUGAGGUAGAGGAGGAUUCAAGUCUCGACAUCCCCGUUAGGCCGCAUGCAAGACGGGUUGAAAGCUGGAGGCAAACUAUUCAGAGGAGUUCUUUUAGUUUCCCAAUGGAGGAAAUGAUUCGGCGUCUUGGAAGCAGAUUUGAUUUGACUCGAGACUUGAAUCCUGUGCAGGAUGCUAGUGGUGCUCGUGAAAUGGGAGAUAGGACUAAUGCACUGCUGAGUAGAAUUAUGACACUUAGGGGGCAACGAUCUGAGCAAAAUCCUAUUGCACCUCCUGAUGACAUAGUGGAUUUAACACAGAGUGGCACGAGUAGCCCAGAAUCAAGGAAUGCUCGUAGAUACCACUCAUUUUUACUUCGUAGAUCACAAUCACAAUCACAAUCUCAAAGAUCUUCAGCUCACGCUUCACAUUCUUCCGCUUUGAAUUCUACAGAAAGGUUAAUUGAAGCAUAUUUACGUCACCAUCCUACAGGAAGGACUCAGGAGCCUUCCCAACCUGUUGAUGAUAGAGAUUCUUUCUCAAGCAUUGCUGCAGUUAUAAACUCAGAGUCUCAAGUGGACACUGCAGUGGAAAUUGAUUCCAUGGGCACCCUUUCAACUUCUUCAUCCCGAAGAAGAAACGAUAACCCGAGAGCAUCAGAUAUUGACACAGUCGAUUCUCGUGCGCCUAGAAGGAGAAGAUUCAACUAGGAAGGACUCAUCUAAUAAUAUUAUAGCAUGGAAGUUGCUCGAGCUAUGUCAACACAUAUGUAAGUUCUACCUUCAUUUUUAGUUUUACUCUACAAAGCUCACCUGUUACUGCAGUUGUUGACUUUCAUGAGGUGAUUGUAUAACUCCCAUUUGUUGCUCUUCCAAUAUUUGUUUGAAAUACUGUUGUACUGUCAUAAGGGGCGUGUGCUCUGAAUUUGUAUGGAAGGUUAAAUUUAUAGACCGAGUAGGCAAAUCGCUUUUCCAGUGUACAUAGAUUUUCAAACUUCAUAAUUAUGGAAAAUUUGUAGAAUUAUUUCA